AUGGCUUCCAAGGGAAGCGCGUUGGUGGUAGCGGCUGUGCUGCAGCUGCUGCUACUACUGGCGGGUAACGCCGUGCCGAGUGUGGGUCAGGACACGAGCCUGCAGCAGUGCUUCUGGCCGCUCAAUUCCACGGAGGCGAGUAUUCUGGCGGACGUGGGAGCGAAUCUGGACUACUUUCCGUACGACAUGUCCUUUAUCACCACCUGCGUCAAUGUCGGCCUCACCUGCAGCGACGCUGGCUACGUCACUGGAAUCAAUUGGCAGUACAAGGCAAUUCAAGGGGAGCUGCCUUCACAGAUUUUCCAGCUAGUGCACCUUGAAUACCUGACUCUACGCGACAACUAUCUGCGUGGCUCAAUCCCUUCUGAAAUCGGCAACCUUGUCAAUCUCACAUUAUUGGACCUCACCAACAACUCCUUCUCAGGUCCCUUCCCCACCUUCUUCAGCAAGCUCACCAAGCUCUCCUACCUGUACAUGGGAUUGAACAAGUUUACCGGCAGCCUUCCUGAAGCCAUUGGCAACAUGGUCUCUCUCGGCGACCUCUCCCUGUUCGAUAAUGAGCUCUCGGGUACUCUGCCCUCUUCUAUAGGCCGCCUUACCAAUCUCUACAACUUGGCACUGUCAAGGAACCGCCUGUCAGGGACUCUCCCCAACUCUUUCUCCAACAUGCCCAGCCUCGGCUCCAUCCUACUGGAAAAAAACAUGUUUACGGGGUCGCUGGCUCCCCUCGCUGAUGUCUCCUCCCUCAGCGCCAUCUUCCUGUGCUGCAACCGCUUCAAUGGGACCAUACCGCCCACCUUCUCCUCCAAUGUCUUCACUGACAUUGACGUGUCAGUCAACGACCUGACAGGGCCCCUGCCAUCCGGCCUCAGGUUCUCCGAACCUCCUGGCGGCCCGAAUUUCAACGCAUCAUUCAACCGCCUCUCGGGGGAAAUCCCCUUCGACUUCAACGUCAAUUUCUUCUUCACCCUUGACAUCUCUCACAACAAUUUGUCGGGCAGAGCGUUCUUUUCGGGGCAACAGGAGAGUCCUAAAACUUUCACCAUCAACUAUUCACACAACAGAUUCUCAGGAGCGAUCGACCCCUCCCUCUCCACGCUCACGUACCUCCACGACCUGAACAUGUCCGGCAACCUUCUCACGGGGUCCAUUCCAGCCUUCAUUUCGCUCCUCACCAACCUCACUCUGCUCGACCUCUCCUCCAACCAGUUGACUGGGGCCGUGCCGCCAGCUAUCAGCAACCCCACUAACCUCGUCAGCAUCAACCUGGCACACAACCUGCUGCAGGGCUCCAUUCCCCGGGCCCUCUCCCGCCUCGCCUCCCUCACCUACCUCAACGUGUCGUCCAAUCAGCUGUCAGGAGACAUCACACCGGCCCUCUCUCCUCUGCGCUCCCUCGAGAUUGUGGACAUGGCCAUCAACCUGCUCUCCGGCUCGGUGCCUCCCUCGAUUUUCAACCUGCGACGCCUCUCCCACCUCAACGUGUCUCGCAACCGCCUCUCAGGCCCUCUGCCCAACGCUGCUGCCAGCCCAGCUCUCAUCAUUCAAUAUCUCCAUCCCCUCUCCCCCCCUUCUCAUCCUGCACCCUCCCUUUCCUUGUGCUGGUUUUCUCAACCCUCCUCGCUUUCUUCGUCCUCCCAUUUCCUCCCAACCACGUGUCCCUUCUCCCCAUUUCCGCCCACCCAUGUCUCUCUCCCCUCUCUCUUCCACAGCGACCUCUCAUUCAACACGCUCUCAGGGACGCUGGAGAGCCAGCAAGUCAACCUGAAGCGACUGGCAUUGCUUUCUUGCCCAGCCAGCCCCUAUUGGCCCCCUCGCUUCCCGCCCGCCAACCUUCCAUGCCCCAACCUCUCAGCCAACCCAUGUUGCCUCCUUUGCUCCAUCGUGCUUCCUACCCGUCCCUGCUGGCAGGGCGUGCACCACAACCAGCUGUCAGGCCCCAUCCCCGAGUACCUCUGCCAAUCAGCUCCUGAGCAGCAACGCCUUCUCGGGAGCCCUUCCUCAGUGUCUGCCCUUCAUCUCCUCCGUCCAACUCAUGUCCGUUCCACCCGUCAUCCUUCACCUUUCCUCGUCCCCCUUGACUCUGUUCCUCCUCCUGUUGUUACUGACGUCAGCAACAAUUUGCUCUUCAUGGAUGCCGCAUCCUUCCAAAACAUGCCGCCCAUCAGCCUGGACCUCAGCGGCAACUACCUCUAUGGCUCCCUCUCCCCCUCCCCCAACAUCACCCUCUCCUCCUCCUCCUCCUCCUCCUCCUCCUCCUCCUCCUCCUCCUCCUCCUCCUCCUCCUCCUCCUCGCCGCCCAUCCCCUCUCUCGUCCUCCCAGCGACCCCCCAACCCCAGUCCCUUCCCCCCUGGGCAGUCCAGGAUGCAACGAACUCUGAGUGGGCGUGGGUAUGGCAGGGGGGGCAGCAGGGGGCAACUGGAGCAGGAGGGGCGAGCGGGGGGAAUAUUAGCAGCGCAGCGGCGUGGCUGGCAGUGGAGGGCAACUGUUUGGGGAGUGAGGUUGUGGGGCAGCAACGUGGAGCAACAGAGUGUGCGGCGGUGUGUGGGAUAGAGCCAGGGCAGGGCCCCUGUGGGGGUGCGGGUGCGGGGCAGUGUGUGGUGCAGAGCGGUUGGCCACCGUCCCUCUCCUGCUCCUGCGCCAGUGGCUACGUUGCUGUCACUGCUGCCGGCACUGCCAACACCACCACUUGCGAGCUGCCACCCCCUUCCCCUUCCAGUAUGUUCAGUCAGUGGCUUGGGCUGGUCUCCCAGCUUCUCAGCAAAUGGUUUGAGACGUCUCAAAACACUUCUUUUAUCGCGUGGGCUGCUGUCCCGGCUUCCCAGCAGAUAAUCGCCUCCGCUUGCGUGCUUUUAUUUGCACCACACAGCCCCCUCUCCCCCUGUCUCUUAGUCGUAUCAACCCCCUCCAUCCAUCCCUCUCCAUUCUCCCCCACUCGCCCCCUCCGCAGCGUCCUCGUCGGGGCUGUCAGCAGGGGCGGUGGCGGGCAUAGUGCGUCCUCGUCGGGGCUGUCAGCAGGGGCGGUGGCGGGCAUAGUGGUGGGCGUUGUGCUGCUGCUCGCAGCUGUCGCUGGCCUUCUCUUCUUCUUCCUCCGCCCCUCUAAGAGAAGGUCGUUGGAUUUGGACCAGUGUGUGGCGUUCCGCAUAGAGGAUAUACGCCGCGCCACCAACAACUUCUCCCCGGAAAGCAAGCUGGGCACCCUGUGGGCCAUCAAGUGCGCCAAGUUCCUCACCCACGACUUUGAGAACGAGGUGCGAGCAGUGGCGACGCUGCGGCACCAGCAUCUGGUGCAGCUGCUGGGGUACUGCAUGGAUUACAAUGCGGCCACGGGCCACCAGGAGCACCAAUCCACCAUCCCUCCCCCGUCCCCCCUCCCCACCCAACCCCCUGUGCAGGUGCGAGCAGUGGCAACGCUGCGGCACCAGCACCUGGUGCGGCUGCUGGGGUACUGCAUGGACUACAACGCGGCCACGGGCCACCAGGAGCAGAUCCUCGUCUACGAGUUUGUUCCCCACGGCGACCUCUCCCACUACCUCCACGCAGGGGACGCCCCCCCUGGUUCCACCCGCGUGUCGCUCUCCUUUGAAGAGCUUGUGCGCAUUGCUCAGGGCGCGGCGGAAGGCCUGGCAUACCUGCACCACUCGCUCUCCCCUCCAAUUGUUCACCGCGAUGUGAAGCCCGCGAACAUUCUCAUUGGCGAGAGCCGCACCGCGAAGCUGGGUGAUUUCGGGCUGGUUAAGAUGGAUAACCUGGAAAAUGCGACGAACCUGGCGGGCACGCCUGGGUACAUGGACCCGGAUUAUGGUGACAGCAAGAUUGUGACGACGGCGAGUGACGUGUUCAGCUUCGGAGUGGUGCUGCUGGAGAUGGUGUCGGGGAAGCGGGCUGUGCUGGAUGAGAGUGACAUCGCCUUCAGCAACCGUCACAUCUCCAUCUGGGCGAACGAGCUUGUGAUGACAGGCAAGAUCACCCAAGUGGUGAUGGAGGACCUGAAGGCGCCACCGGAUGCCAUCAUCAUGUUUGUCGAUCUCGCCAUGGAUUGCUUGAAGCGACCUGGAGCCUUGAGGCCGGAGAUGCGGGAAGUGGCACGGCGCCUCACCAACAUCCUUGCCGUUGCACAAGGAAAUGCGCCGGUGCGAGAAGCGGCGAUGCUGCGGCACGAGCACCUGGUGCAGUUGCUGGGGUACUGCAUGGACUACAACAUUGCCACAGGCCACCUGGAGCAGAUCCUUGUCUACGAGUUAGUCCCCCACGGCAACCUCUCCCACUACCACCACUCUCCUCCUGGUGCAACCCGAGUGUCCCUCUCCUUUGAGGAGCUCGUAUGCAUUUCACUGGGUGUGGCAGAAGGGCUGGCAUAUACCUCCACCACUCGCUCUAUCCUCCUAUCGUGCAUCGCGAUGUGA